UUCUAAAUAAUGCUUAUUUUGUAAACUUUUAUGAUAUAUUUAUCGAAGAAAAAUAAAUCUUCGUAGCUGUAUUUCUUAGUUAUUUACCUUCUUCACCAAAACAUGGACUCUAUUUCCCCAAACUGCACUACUUAACCUUUUUACGUUUGCACCAGAAAAUGAAUAAAUUAGGUGACAUGGAGCUUUUGCAGCCCGCUCCAAGUUGUUCUGAGGAUGAAACUUAAUUCAGAAUAAAUUCAAAAAUGUAUUCUGGCAAAGUUGAACUUGGUGAUCUACCUCCCAGUAUUGAUAUUAAGGAUGAAAGUGUCUGCUGCAUAAAACUAAAUGGAUUAAAAGAGAAUGAACCAUGCCACUUUAAUUUGUCUGAUGAGGCUACAAAUCCGGAAACAUCAGAUGAUCAUGAAACUGUUCACUCAUCUUUCUCAAGUGAUAAUAUAUUGCAUACUUUAAGUGGAUUUUAUGCUACAUUACUUGUUGUGGUUACUUCAAUUGCUAUAUUUUCUGAAUUGCUUCAUGAACGUCUUGCAUUGUUUUAUAUUCAUGAUUAUCUUUUUCUCUAUCUUCUAAGUAUUGGGAUACUUCUGCUUAUUGGAGCAUUUGCUAACAAACUUCAUGAGAAAUGUUUUCGUGUAAACAUAAGAGAUUUAGUGAAAAUGCCUCAAUACUUGUCUAAAAAGUUAGUAGGAGAAGUUAAAAAAUCAAAUAUUGAUCAAUGUUUUAAAGUUGGGAUUUAUAUGUUUGGCUUAGUGGUGCUUAUUUCAAAUGGAUUAGAGGCGCUAACUAUAUUUAUGUCUCCUAUUACUUGUUUAUACCUGGCUAGCACAACUCAAACUAUUUUGCGUUUUAUUUUUAAUGGCCUUCAGAUAGCAUUUUUUCUAUUAAACUCAAAAGAAAUAUGGAAUAUUUUUGGGUGUGUUAGAAACUUAGCGUUUAUGCAUUUACUGGCUACCAAUCUUACUGUGUGGAUACGAUUAUUACUUUGGGAGAGUGCUAAAGAUUGGGAAUCAGCAGUUCAUGUAAAACACAAUUCAUCCAGGAAGUGGCAUCAAAAUGAAUUAAAUAUUACCCUUCAUUCUUUAGAAUCAGAUAUAAACUCUGUGGAUUCCAGUAAACAUUCUCCUAUUCAUACUGUACAUUAUACUUACAACUGCUACUGGAGAGUUAAAAAUUCUGAUGAAAUGGAUGUUAUAUCAGUUCAAAGUUGUCUUGAGAAUUCUACUGUUGGAUAUGCCUGGUCCAAAACAACUGAAUUUUUAUAUCCAAUUAUAUCUCAAUAUUAUUUCAUAAUUUUGUGUAUUAUAUAUAUUAUAUGGAUUAAUGGCGAUUCAAAUCACAUUGAUAAUUAUUGCUUUACUUCACCUAAAAAGAGCAGGAAUGAGUCUGUAUGUAGCCGAUCUACUAAAGGUCUCUUCCUUGGGUUAAUAAUUUUGGCUGUGUGUGUUAUAAUAUCUAUAGUAUUUUUUUCAGUAUCUACUGAUUUAAGAUUUUCUCUUAGAAUUUUGUAUUGUGUAAUUUUUGGUUCAUCAUCAUUUUCUGCUUUCAUGGGAACAAUACAAUCCUGUAAAAUGAAAGCCAGAAACUUUUCUGAUACUUAUUACAAUGGCUUUCUACAAAAUUCUGGUCUAUUAGCUGUUUACAUCUAUGGAUCUUGUAAUGUGUUGGCUGGUGCUAUUUCAGAUGAGGAAAUGAGCUUUGUGCUCAUCAUUGAAGCAGUUUUCAUGGUGGUUCAUGCUUCUAUUCAAAACAUAUUCAUUACUCAAAUUUCUCAAAAGAAAGUUGAUCAGUCUAACUACAAUGAAAAGCCUGCUAGACAGUCAGUCAUGUUUCUCUUUCUUUGUAAUAUUUCUUUAUGGAUUGCUGAGUGUGUUAUAUCCUGGACUAUAGUAAAAAGAGAUCUUCAGUUGUACACUUUUGGUAAUAUAGCUUGGCCUCUUAUAACUCGAAUGGUAUACCCAGUUCUUGUGUUUUAUCGGUAUCAUUCAGCUGUCCUACUUUAUAAAAUUUGGAAAAAAUCCUAUUCAUAAAUUUUAACAUUUUGAUUUAAAUGCAAGUAGCUGAUUUAUUUCAUAAGUAAAAUCAGCUUUAUGUACCGUGAAAUUGCAGUUGAAUUUGAAUGCUUUUUCACUGAAGAAUUGAAGUUCAACGAAUUAAAACAUAAAUGUUGUAUGAUAAUGGUGCCUUAUUAGCAUUUUUAGCUUUCUUUUCUGAGUAUCAAUAUUGAAUGAUAUUUUCUCAAGAAUUCUUAUAUUUUGUGAGAGUAACUAUUUAUGCAAAAAAAAUUUAUUAUUUUUUUAUAAUGCAAAAUUUAUGUGGAAAUAUUGUAAAAACUUUUUUAAAAGUUAACUAAAAAAUUGAAAAUAUUUUAAAGUUUAGUCUGUUGAAAAUUAUUCGCUAGCAUAAGUAUUUGACUACAACAUUGACUACACUAUUAUACUUCAUUCAAGUUUUAUUAAAAUUUAAUGCAAGUUGUAAUUUUUUUUUACUUUAUUGUAAUAGCCUUGAACAUGAAUGGUCUCUUAAAUAAAUAUCUUUUGCACACGUUUAAUUUUUUACACAAAAAAGUGCACAGCAUUUUAGUUUAUGUUUCUUGGUGAAAAAAUACUUUUAAAAUGGUUUUAUCAAAGGGUUUAGAUCUGAUUUUUUUUUGCAUUGUUUUGUUCAUUCAGUUUUAUAAUGAUCUGGUUUUUUUGUUAGGUUUUCCUCCCUUCUAUAUAGGACUCGGAGAAAAAGUUCAAAACUUAAUUUUUUUUAUUAAAAUCUAUUUUUAAAUUAUCUUCAUUUUAUAAUUAAGUAAAUUAAUUUUUUAUUAAUCUCAGUUUUUUUUCCAAUUUGAAUGGCUGAAAUCAUUUCCUCUCAUUAACGAAAUUAAAAUGUAUUGUAAUAUAAGUUAAUAUAUAAUUUUCAACAUAUUUUAUGUGGCAUAUUGUAAUCUUGUAUUAUUAAAGUCCAUGUUAGUCUUUGUAUUUUAGAUUUCUUUUAUAAACUAGUUUACAUUUACAAUUAUGUAGCUUUCAAACUUCAUUUACACUACAAAUACUUAGUCUUGAGUAUAUUUUUAAAGUGUAACUUAAAAAAUCACUUAAAUUUUUUAAUUUCUCUUGCUAAUUUGUUGUUUAAUAGUUAGUUUUUUUUCUCUUUAAGUCUUUUCUCUCUCUCCAAAGUGGUCCUUUAAUUUUGUGCUAUUUUUAUCAGUUUGAUGUAUUUUUUUUUAUCUGAUAGUGGUACAAAUGCUUUAAUUUAGUUCAUUUUAUAUUUAAGUAUUUUGAAUUAAAUGUCCUAUUAUAUUGGUGCUUUACAAUUUACACUUUUAUUUUAUGUAUAUUAAAUUUUUGUGAUGUUUUUAUUUUAUAAACUUGUUUAUUUUUAUGUUUUACUUAAUUUGGUAUUAUACUCUUCUUUAUUUCCAAAUUGAUGGUUUUAUAUUGGUUAAAUGUGUGAGUGUUACCUUUUCUUAAAAAAAUUCUCAAAAUUGGUUAUUUGAAACAUGAGUAUAGUAAACAACUAUUUUACAACCUUUGAUUUUAUGACUUAAUUGUUUUUUCAAGUUAUUAAUUAUUUGAAAAGUUUAUUUUAAGUAUUAGAGAAACAGUAUUUCUUUAAAAAUUAAAUAAUUUCCAGUUCACAUCAUUGUUUAAAUUUAUUUAUUUCAUAUUGAACUGUGUUGCAAGCUGUAGUGUGGUUUCAAAGUUAAUAAUUUUUUUCUACUUGAAAUUGGGAUAAAUUUCCUUUUAACAAAUGAAACUAUAGUAUAUUUUUUGAUCAUGUAAGAGUUCAGAUUCUACAUUGAAGAAUAAUGAUUGAAUUUACUUUAGCUUGUAGAAACAGCUAUAUAAUGAUGGCAUUUUAUUAAUACCUUUACGUAAUAUGUGUAUAGAAUAAAAUUUAUUUGUUACUAAAUAUUGAUAUAUAUUUAUAUAUAUAUGCUUUUAAUAUUUUUGAUGUUGGGGAAAAUUUAGGAAAGAUACUUUUUAAUCUUUUUUCUUUUUAAAUUUUUUUUGGCAAGUCUUUCAUUCUAUUUUCUUGCAAAACUGCUAAAAGUAUUAUAUCAUAGUAUUUUUUUUUCUUCUUAUUGUUGAUUUCACUUUUUACACAAUAAAUAAUUUGAAAGGACUAUCGUUGCAGUGAAAUUAAUAUUGGUUCUUACUUUAUUUUCAUUGUUGUAUGAUUUACAGAUUCAAAUUAGUGAAGUAUCAUUUUUAAAAUUAAAUUCAAUUGCUAUCAACGAGUUCAUAAUGAAUGUGUUUUCAAUGGAGAUAAAAUACAUAAUUUGAUAUCCAUUAACUUAGAUAUGUAAAUCAAACCUUAUAAGGCUAUAAAGGCUAUCUUUUCAUCAAUUGCAAUUUUAAUUUUUUCAUAGUUUUGUUAUCCAGGCCAUACAUGUAAUCAACAUAUUUGAAAUUGUUUUAACUGAAGUGAAAAUGAAACAAGUGUUGAUUUUAAACUUUUAUUCCCGGUGUGAUUUCAGCGUUGGAGUAAAAUUAUGUAUUGAUUCUCUUUCAUGAGUUUUAUUCUAUUGUUUGUUUUAAAUGUUAAGCAGCAUGUAGACUGUUACAAAUGUUGGCUCCCAAUUCAGCUCUUGUUGGAAUUAUAUUACUUUCCAAUAUGACUAAUUGUUAUCUUUUUCUUCCUUUUGUACAAAAAUACCUAUAGCUGUACAGCUAGAGGAGUUAUCUAUUUUUCAGGGAUCAAAGUAACCUAAAUAUUUGGCAAGAUAUUUUCUUUAAACUAUUAAAAUUUUUUAUCCUAUAAUUGUUUUUUUAAGAAAAUAUAUUACUGUUACAACAUUUGUCUAAACAAUUUUAUAUUGAAUAUAUAUGUAUGUUUUUGCUAUUAUUUUUAUAAUGCUCUUUUCAACCAAAUUUAUCUGCAUUCUUGUUACAAUGUUGAACAUAUUUUUAUUAUAGUAUAUUGUUAAGGGAAAUAUUUAAAUGUUUAAGUACAAGAUGUGGAACUUGUGCCAUAUAACUAUUUUGUAACUGAUUGUAUGCUUUUUUUUAAAUAAAUAUCACUUAAGGUCUCUGUA